UCCAGGCAGUCCAGACUCCUCAUCCUACUGGGAAGGAUGGGUGUGAAAACCUUCACUCACAACUCCCCCAGUCACAGCCAGGAGCUUUUGGAUAAGCUCAACACCCUACGCAGUGAGGGCCACUUCUGUGACGUCACUAUUCGCGUACAAGGCCAGAUGUUCUCGGCCCACAAGGUAGUGCUAGCUUGCUGUAGUGACUUCCUUCGAGCAAAGCUCUUUGGGAAGCCGGCUGAAGAUGACACUGUAAUUGUAGGCGAAGAUAACAAACAUGUGCUAGAUCUCCAACACGUGACGGUCGCCGGUUUCGCUCCUCUUCUGGAAUAUGCUUACACAUCCACCCUGUCCAUUAGUACGGAGAAUAUCAUCGAUGUACUAGCAGCAGCUAGCUACAUGCAGAUGUUUGCGGUGGCCAACACUUGCUCCGAGUUCAUGAAGUCCAGUAUCCUGUGGAACUCGGCAUCCUCGGGAGCAGGAGGCCCUGGUAGCAUCCAGCCUCCAGUUUUACACAGGCCCAAAGAAACCCCUGAAGGCCAUGCGAGCUGCACCCUUGCCCCUGUAGAUGCCCUCUCGCUGUCUCCGGUCUCGUCUGAGUGCAGUGUACCGGAGCGGCCCAUCCCUGUGUGCCGCGAGUCUAGACGCAAGCGCAAAGGCUUUGCGAGCCCGCAACUAGCAUCCUCAACCUCUCCACAAGUCCCCAACCCCUCUCCAUCCUCUUCCUCCUUCCCAGAGAGUUCAACCCAGGCUCUGGAACCAUCUCUGACCUUCUCCUGGACAUACCCCUUUGGUGUGGACCGGCGGUUUGCGUCAGAUAAGUCAAAACUACCCGAAGGUCUCCUGGAACCAUCUGAAGGGGGGCAGGACUCUAGUGGACGGGCAUUGGUGGAGUAUCUGGCUUGCGAGGGCCCACGCGGCCUGGGCGUAGGGGGCGUGGCAGGGGUGGAGGAGGAGGAAGAAGAGGAUGUGCAGGUGAAGGUGGAGAGGCUGAGUGAUGAAGAAGUGCAUGAAGAAGCUUCUCAACCA